AUGCAAGCAGGCUCUCACGUUCACACGCCGCUGGGCCUUAGCAGCAGCAGCAGCAGCAGCAGCAGCAGCAGCAGCAGCAGCGGAAGCGGUGGAGAAUGCGUGGAUCCUGUAGUAGAGGGGCAUGCAGCAGCGACGGCAGCAACAGCAGCAGCUGCUGCUGAUGCAGCAGAAGCUGCAGCAGCAGAGGCUGCAGCUGCAGCAGCAGCAGAAGCGGCAGCAGCAGAAGCAGCCGCAGCUGCAGAAGCAGCAGCAGCAGCAGCAGCAGCAGCAGCAGAUGUAGGGGAAGAGGGUAUGGUGCCGUGGGGCGGGGGAGAAACUGCAGCAGCAGGCUGUUCUUAUAUGCUGCAUGCGGAUAGCAGCAGCAGCAGCAGCAGCGGCAGCAGCAGCAGCAACACUAGUAAUGCUAAUGAGGAGGGUGAGGAUAAUAAAGACAGCAGCAGCAGCAGCAGCAGCAGCAGCACAGUCUUGUCGCCGGAAGCAUGUGCUGCUUACGGUGUCUCGCACUCUAUGUUAUAUCCCGUCGCUCGCCACCAUAACUAUCCGAUCAAGGAUGUUAGCGUGGAGACACUCGAGUUAGUGCUGCAGUUUGCUGCUGCAUGCCGCUUAGUGCUGCCUCGCCGAUUUGAAGGAUUACCUUCGUUUAUAGAAGAACCAGAUGAAGCAUCGGGAGGCUUACCCUAUAGAGCAGGAGCAGCAGCAUUAUCUGUUCAAGUAUUAAGCUAUGUGCUUGCUGCUAGAGCUGCACGACCCCUCAUGCAGCAGCAGCAGCAGCAGCAGCAGCAGCAGGAACAGCAGCAGCAGCAGCAGGAACAGAUGCAACAGCAGCAGGAACAGAUGCAGGAACAUAUUAGUAUGCAUCAGCAACAUAUCAAUGUGCAGCAGCAACAAAUCAACUUGCAGCAGCAACAACAUAUCAUGCAACAGCAGCAGCAGCAGCAGCAGCAGCAGCAGCAGCAAAUGCAAAUCGAUUAUACAGGGAAUACCGCAAGCUGCUGCAGCAGCGACAGCAACAGCUUCGUGGAUAUAAGACAGCAGCAGCAGCAGCAAAUACAGCAGCAGCAGCAGCAGCGUUUACAUGAAAAGAGCAGCAAACAAAAACAAAAGAACAUCUUAUCGCCUGUACAGACAAGAGGGGUAUUGUAUAGAGAGCUCCGGAGACAAAAGCUUUUUUCUGCUGCUGCAGCGGAGAGAAGAAGCGUUGAUGAUGCGGCCCCAGCAGCAGCAGCAACAGGAGCAGCAGCAGCAGCAGCAGCAACGCCUCUUGUUGUCUCUCCAGCAUUAACAUGCGACAGCAGCAGCGAGACCUGGUUUGCUGCAUCUCCUGAAGCACUCUCGCCUGUGCAUGUAGCAAAGCAGCAGUUUGCUGCUGAUGGGUUUCUUUGUCUUCCUGAACGCCUUUCAGCAACAGAGCAGCAGCAGCAGCAGCAGCAGCAGAAGCAGCAGCAGGAGGGGGUUGGGCCGCUGCUGCUGCAGGGCAAUUAUUCUGCUGCUGCGUGUUCCUCACCAAUGUUUAGCAGCAGCAACUGCAGCAGCAGCUGCUGCUGCUCUCUCUGUAUUCCUAAUAAACAGCAGCAGCAGAGGCAGCAGCAGCAAUGCAUUUCUCUCUAUCCAGAACAGCAGCAAAUGCUGCAGUAUCCGCAGCAGCAGCAGCAGCAAAUGCUCCUUUACCCCCCGCCGCAGCAACAGCCGCAGCAGCAGCAGUUCGCGCACUUCGAUCAGAUGGUGCAGCCUCAAUUGCAGCAGCAGCCGCAUGAACAGCAGCAGCAGCAGCUGCUGCUGCAGCAGCGGCAGCUUCGCCGAAGGCGGCAGCAGCAGCAGCACCAACAGCAGCCGGAGCAGCAGCAUCUGGAAGGCAGCAACAGAGUGGAUCCUUCGAUGCUGUUCGACGGUGGUUUUAUGCUGCCUGCUGCAGCAACAGCAGCGCCGCCAGCAGCAGCAGCAGCAGCAGGAGCAGCAGGAGCAGCAGCAGGAGCAGCAAGUGGGCUUACUAGAGGCAAGCGGCUGCUAGAGUAUGAAGGAGACAGCAGAGAAAUAAGAAGGCCGACGCUGCUGCCGAAACCCCUGCCCGUAGCGUUUGCAUCUGAAGACAAACAUGCUGCUGCUGCUGCUGCUGCUGCUGCUCCCGCUGCUGCCGCUGCUGCGGCCAAUGCUGCUGCGGCAGCUACGACGUCGCAGCAGAACUUUUCUGUGCUGUGCAACGGCAACAGCAGCAACAAUUAUAUCAGCAGCAACAAUUAUGCCGGCAGCAGCUGCAGCAACGAAUUCAGCAGCAGCAACAACAACAGCCUCAGCAGCAGCAACAGCAGCAGCAGCAGCAACAGCUGCUGGGGCCUUCCUAUGCAAAUGCUGCACGAUUGGUACUGCCUGGCGGAGGUUGGAGACAGUGACGGCCUUAUGAGUGAGGAGGCAGCAGCAGAAGCAGCAGCAGGUGCUGCUGCUGCUGCUGCUGCAGACGAUCUUGCCGACAACAGCAGCUACAGCAGCAGCUGGUACGGCAACAGCUGCAGCAGCUGCAGCAGCAGCUGCAGCAGCAGCAGCGCUGGUAGUGUUGUGCUACCUUUUCGAGUUACGCCUGAAGAAAUUAAAGCAGCAAACGCUCUAACAGGGGGCUCGCUUGUUUAA